UAAAUUAAGCACCAGCCUAGCUAGCUAGUGGCAUAAUAUGGCAGAGAGAAGAAGGGAAGCAGAAGCAGAAGCAGAAGCAGCUCAAGAGAUGAUAGAAGAAGAAGAAGAAGAAGCACUUAAUAUGAAAGAAAAUAAGGUGUCAUCGACAAAUCUACGUCGUGUGGACUCCCUCGACUUGGAAGCUGGAAAAGUUACUUUUUCUAGAAUCCGCAGCCACAAUAAUAAUGUAGAUUGGUGGACAACAUUGAGUUUGGCAUUUCAAAGUGUCGGGGUAAUAUAUGGAGACAUAGGGACUUCUCCACUGUAUGUGUUUUCAAGCACUUUCCCAAAGGGUAUCCAACACACAGAAGAUCUUCUGGGAGUGUUGUCUCUCAUCAUCUACACCAUUCUCCUCAUUCCCAUGCUCAAGUAUGUUUUCAUUGUCUUGUGGGCCAACGAUAAUGGUGAUGGAGGUACAUUUGCACUCUAUUCCUUGAUAUGCCGGUAUGCAAAGGUGAGCUUGAUACCAAAUGAACAGCCAGAGGACAGACAACUAUCCAACUACAAGCUUGAUCUAUCUUCCAACCAAUUGAAAAGAGCUCUAAAGAUUAAAGAGAAGUUGGAGAAUAGCAGAACUGCUCAAAUGGUUCUCUUCCUUGUCACCAUCUUGGGAACUUCCAUGGUCAUUGGGGAUGGGGUUCUAACUCCAUGCAUCUCUGUCCUUUCUGCAGUGAGUGGGAUCAAGGCCUUGCAUCAAGAUGCUGUAGUGGGUAUUUCAAUUGCAAUCUUGAUAGUUCUUUUUUGUGUUCAAAGAUUUGGGACUGAUAAAGUGGGAUUCUCGUUCGCACCAAUCAUCAUAUUGUGGUUCUUGUUCAUAAGUGGAAUAGGACUCUAUAACUUGUUCAAGCAUGACGUUGGAGUCUUAAAGGCUUUUAAUCCAAAAUACAUAGUUGAUUACUUCAAAAGAAAUGGCAAGAAAGGAUGGGUAUCUCUUGGUGGAGUUGUUCUCUGCAUUACAGGGACAGAAGCCAUGUUUGCCGAUCUAGGGCACUUCAAUGUUCGAGCAGUCCAAAUUAGUUGCUCUGGAAUUGUGUUUCCUGCAUUACUAGCUGCCUACAGUGGACAAGCUGCAUACCUUGUCAAAUUCCCCGGCGAUGUGGGUAAUACUUUCUACGCCUCGAUUCCAGGUCCAUUAUAUUGGCCAACAUUUGUUGUCGCUGUUGCUGCUGCCAUUAUCGCUAGCCAAGCUAUGAUCUCGGGAACAUUUUCAAUUAUCUCCCAGUCCUUAAGUCUAGGUUGUUUUCCGAGGGUUAAAGUUGUCCACACGUCAGCUAAGUACGAGGGUCAAGUUUACAUACCGGAGGUCAACUUCUUACUAAUGAUUGCUUGCGUUAUUGUAACCGCUGCCUUCAAGAGCACAACAAAUAUUGGCAAUGCAUAUGGAAUCGCCGUGGUUGCUGUAAUGAUCAUCACAACCUGUAUGCUUACUCUUAUCAUGCUUGUUAUAUGGAAGACAAGCAUAUGGUGGAUAGUUCUAUUCCUCGUGAUUUUUGGUUCGAUUGAGGGCUUAUACCUGUCAUCUGUCUUGUUCAAAUUCGUUGAGGGCGGUUACCUUCCACUAGCCUUUUCAGUUGUUCUAAUGCUGAUAAUGGGGUUGUGGCAUUACGUACACAAAAAGAGAUACAUGUUUGAGCUCAACAACAAGGGCAUUCCUCCAAUAUUUCGCCAUUUCAUUACCUAUAUACCAUCCAUCCAUUCAGUCUUGGUGUUUGUCUCUAUCAAGUCUAUUCCCACUAGCAAAGUGGUCAUGGAGGAGAGAUUUUUAUUUCGGCUGGUCGAACCAAGAGACUACCACAUGUUUCGCUGUGUGGUGAGAUAUGGAUAUAAUGAUGUGAUUGAAGGAUCAGAGGUGUUUGAAAAGCAACUGAUUGAGCACUUGAAGCAGUACCUUCAGCAUGAACACUUCAUUCACGAAGGACAACAGCCUAAUGAAGAAAUAGUCGAGCCAGUGAACACUGGAGCCAUCCCAGGUGCCGAAGAGGAGAUGCAAUUUGUCCAUAAAGCAAUGGAAAAUGGUGUUGUUUAUUUCUUAGGGGAAGCAGAAGUUCGAGCUGAACAGAACUCAUCCCUAUUCAAGAAGAUUGUUGUCAACUAUGCCUAUAAUUUCCUCAGGAAAAACUUUAGCCGAGGGGAACAAGUAUUGGGAAUCCCUCGGAGUCGACUCCUUAGGGUUGGAAUGACAUAUGAGAUAUGAAACAUUUGAAUUUGUUGAAAAAUGCAAUCCGCAACUUGAUGAUACUCGUCUCAUAGAAAAAUGUAUGAACUUGUGUUAAAAAAAUUUCGUAAGAUUUGCAAUAACAUUUAUGAGUAUGAGAUACAUUAGCUAGAAUGUUAAAUGUAGUCCUAUAUAAAGAACAGUUUGUGGUGAUUAUUGUAAGUGAAAUAUGAGCUUUAUAUGGCUUCUAUAGUUGUACAUCUUCGUACUUUCCAUAAGUUCCCAUUCUCCUAUCUUGGCCUUCCACUUGGUGCCAGCCCAAGAAAAAGGAGCACAUGGUUACCAGUAAUCAACAAGUUCAAAUCAAAGUUGGCCUCUUGGAAGAGAAAGCUUCUCUCUUUUGGUGGAAGGUUGACACUUAUCAAAUCUGUUUUGUCUAGCCUUCCAUUAUACUAUCUAGUAAAGUGGGAAGAUGUUACUAAAAGUAUGAGUCAGGGGGGUUUAGGAAAGAAGAUUGAGGGAGGUAAAUGUCAGCUUGCUAGUUAAAUGGUUGUGGAGGUAUGGGGUAGAGGAUAUUGCUCUUUGGAAAGCCAUUUUAAUCAGCAAAUACAACAGCACAGGUGGGACGUGGCUUCCUUUUCCAGGAGACCAUAUCAUUGGAUCAAGAUUAUGGAAUGAUAUCACCAACAUUGCACAGAACAAUCCACACCUGUUGAGUUUUGUCUUGGAAAACAGUGAAAUAGUAAUUGGUAAUGGCCUUAGGGCCAAAUUCUGAGAGGAUCAUGAUUGGGCUGGAAACUUCAGUCUCAAAGAUGAGUUUCCAAGAUUGUAUGGAUUGUCAACUGAGAAAGGGGCAUCUUUCAGAAUGAUGGUGGAAAAAAAAAAAAAGAAAAAAAAAAAGAAGCUCAUCAAGCUGGAUUCUGAACUUCAGAAGGAGGUUAUUUGCCUGGGAAGAAGAGGAUGUUGGAUGACAUUAUAUCAGAUUGACUACUACAUUGCCAGCCUUCUCAAAUAAAGAUGUUUGCUUAAUUUGGAAAGCCUCCUCCUCAGGUCAGUUUGAUGUGUCAUCAGUUUAUAACAAGUUUUCCCCUUCACCUAACAUUGUGAUCACCAACCUUCUUUGGAACAAUAUUACUCCACCAAAAGUGCAGUUUUUUGGAUGGUUGGCUGUUUUUUGGAUGGUUGGCUUGGAGGGGAAGAAUCAAAACAUCAGUGUACCUUCACAGAAUUGGGGUGCUUGGUCCUAAUGUCAGAUCUGAAUGUGCUUUUUGUAACAGUGAGAUGGAAACUGUAAGUCAUGUAUUGUUGUUGUGUCCCAUUAUUUGGAGAGUAUGGGCAAACCUGUUGAGCUGAUGGGGAUUACAAUAGGUGACACCUGAAAAGGUAGAAGGGCUUCUUGACUGGUGGAGGGGCUUCAAAUGGAAGAAAUUUGAUAAUAUGAUCUGGAAAGCUAUAUCUCUGGCCACACUUUGGUCCAUUUGGAAAUCUAGAAAUGAGUGUAUCUUCAAUGGUAAGCAGGCUGCUUUGGAUGAGCUUUGUGAAUUGAUAAAACUUGGAAUUGCUUUGUGGGUUAAAGCUCAUUCAAAGGACUGUUCGUAUUCGGUGCAUGACAUCGUGUCAAAGUUGCAGCAGAUCAGAUUUACUUCCUAGCAAUAAGGGGUAAGGAUUUGGGUGCUCUGUUUUCUCUGCCUGAUGCUGUGUGCUAUGGCUACUGCUGGGUGUUCUAGGCUGUGUUUCUGUUGGUGUGCUGGGGUUUGUGUCUGUUUGAGGCUUGUUUUACUCUCAUAGUUGGCUUCUCACCAACCUUUUUGGCUUGAGCUAACAUAUAAUUUGAUGUUUUUUUUCUUGCCAACCUAGUUGAAAUUAGGAUGUA